UUGUGGCCCCUUCCUUUCUUACCUCAGUCGCGUUUGCGUGUGAUAACUUUCAAGUAGUUCGCGCAUUCGGAUGAAUUUUAUUGUAUAGUAUUGUAAUUAUUCAAACAAGUGGUAGUUUAAAAACGUAUAAUAAAAUCACGGUACAGUUACUAAAAGCGUUACGUUCGUGAUCUGUGAUUUUUCGAAAUGGGCGCCAACAGCAGCAUCAGAAGCUGCACACUUUUUGCAGCACUUCUACUUUUCAUCGAAAGUGUCCACAGUUUACGAUGUUAUCAGUGCAGUAGCACAAACAACUCGCAUCCGUUCCAAUGCAACGAAUUUCUGUCAAGCGACGUCGAUAUCAAACCACAGCCUUGCGAUGGUGUUUACGAGGCACAAUACUGUGUGAAGCAUACAGGCCGAUUUGAGGCGAUAAGUCUGGAUUGCUACCAGUGCACAUCUGAAGAAGAACUGAGCUGUGGGAGUAGCAAUUUGGUUCUGAAUACUCUGCAACCGGCAAAUUGCAGUCAUGUUUACGGUGCACGUUAUUGCAUCAAAUCAGUCGGCCGAUACGGAGGUGGAAUAGGUACGAAGCGAUUCUGUGCAUCAGUGGAUCUUGGGAAUUACUGUGACUAUGUGAGCCAACCAGGUGACAAAUUAACUUACCGGACGUGCAUCUUCACCUGCAGCGGUGACGGAUGUAAUUCAGCAGCCAUCCUGAAACCGACUAUCUUGUGGAUAGUACCAAUUGGACUAUUCGUAACAUAUAAAUUACUUUUUCAAAGGUAGAUUCUGAUUUUCUCAAGAUUCUGAUUUUGUGAAAUUUUAAUUACCUUAUCUAUUGAUGGUAAUGUUAAUCUUUAAAUGUUAAUCCGUCCAUAUUGUGUUAAGGUUUGAUGUAAAGUACAGAGCACAGUAGACUUCCCUAUAGAAAACAGGAAUUUUUAAAAUCCUAAUUUUGACGAUAUUAAUAUUAAAAGUGAUUUAUAAACAAAAAUAACAUGAUUUUUAAUUAUUAAAUUUUCCAAAAUUUAAUGUACAUUUAAGAAAUAUGAAUAAUGACAUAAACACCAAUUCAAAUGGUCCCGCGUAAACGUAAACGCGAGUGGUGGGGAGCCACAGAAUUAUACAUACAAUAAGGCUGCAUUCGCUUUGGGCGCUUAUGCGCUGUAAGCGCUCACGCUUAUGAGCGCUAUUUUCAACCGCUUCCUUUAGUUUAUGAGCGCUCACAUGAAAAAAGUUACAAUCGUUCGCUUUGACUGUUGUAAGCGAAAA